CGACGAAAAUAACUAAAUAUUGAAACUUCUUCGCGGCAUUUUUGUGCGAGCUGUCGGUAGCAUUUGUAACCGAACGCAAUCGUGUUUAAUGCCUGUGCCAUUUCGAACGUAAAACUGCAAAAUGAAUAAGAAGCAAUUUUCAGCACCCUCCGCCACAAAAAAAGCAAAAUAUCGCAAUGACGAUGAAGACGAUGAUUAUCCCGGUUCGUUUGAAGCUGAAUUGGCUACUAUGGAUGAAAUGGAAAAUGAAUUUGGUGACAUGUCUCAAGUCAUUGAAGAGCCACCUGAUGUACAAUUAACUAAAGUAUCAAAAGCAGGUCCUGAACAAGAAAAUACAUAUUCAAAAUGGACCAGACCACCACCUCCAUUGUUAAAUCCACAAAAAGAUGCAUUGAUUUUCCAGCAAAUAGAUAUUGAUCAUUACAGUGGUGCACCGUUACCCGGAAUGCCUGGCAGUAUCAUACCUCCUGUACCAAUAAUGAGAAUGUUUGGUGUUACAGAAUUGGGGAAUUCAGUUUGUUGUCAUGUUCAUGGAUUUAGCCCCUAUUUAUAUAUUACGGCACCACAAAAUUUUAAUGAGAAUCAUUGUAGAUUAUUAAAGGAAGCUUUAAACAAAGCUCUGUUAAAAGAUAUGAGAUCAAAUCCAGAGAAUAUUCAAGAGGCUGUGUUAGCUGUUGAGCGAGUGUAUAAACAAAACAUGUAUGGUUAUACAGGAAGUGACAAAUCGUUAUUCUUAAAAAUUACAGUAGCACUUCCAAGACUAGUAGCACGUUGUAAGAAAAUAGUAGAAGAAGAAACCAUUUUAGCUGAAUUCAAUCAUCAAUAUACUGCUUUUGAAAGUAACAUUGAUUUUGAUAUUAGAUUUAUGGUUGACACAUCAGUAGUUGGAUGUUCAUGGAUUGAAUUGCCACCAAAAACUUGGAAACUUCGACAACAUUUUGGACACAAUUUACCCUUGACUACAAGAUGUCAAUUAGAAGUUGAUAUCGCGUGGGACGCAUUCAUUGCUCAUGCUCCCCAAGGCGAAUGGUCGAAAAUUGCUCCAUUUAGGAUUCUUAGCUUUGAUAUCGAAUGCGCGGGUCGCAAAGGAAUUUUUCCGGAACCAAAUCACGAUCCGGUUAUACAAAUUGCUAAUAUGGUAAUAAAACAAGGAGAAACGGAACCUUUUCUGCGAAAUAUUUUCACCCUCGAUACAUGUGCACCAAUUGUUGGUUGCCAAGUUUUAAGUUUCGAGAAAGAACAAAAAUUGUUAGAGAAAUGGGCGGACUUCGUAAGACAAUUAGAUCCCGAUAUUUUUACAGGAUAUAAUAUAAAUAAUUUUGACUUUCCUUAUUUGAUUAAUCGUGCGAAACAUCUUAAUGUGAAAGAUUUUUACUUUCUUGGUCGAAUAAAAAAUAUAAAAUCAGUAAUUAAAACUCAAGUGCUUCAAAGUAAACAGAUGGGUCGACGUGAAAAUAAGUCCAUUAAUUUUGAAGGAAGAGUUCCAUUCGAUCUACUACUGGUACUAGUCAGAGAUUACAAAUUAAGAUCUUACACUCUAAAUGCUGUUUCGUAUCAUUUUCUACAAGAGCAAAAAGAAGAUGUCCAUCAUAGCAUUAUCACGGAUUUACAAAAUGGUGAUGCACAGACGCGUCGAAGACUCGCUGUUUACUGUUUGAAAGACGCGUAUUUGCCGCUUAGAUUGUUAGAUAAGUUAAUGUGCAUUUUCAUCUACAUGGAAAUGGCAAGAGUUACCGGGGUUUCGAUGUGUAGUUUACUAACUCGAGGCCAACAAAUUAAAGUUGUUUCACAAUUAUUAAGAAAAACUCGAGAAAAAGACUACUUAAUGCCUGUCCAUCGAGGUCAAGUUAGCGACGAACAGUUCGAAGGUGCAACAGUUAUAGAACCAAAACGCGGAUACUAUAACGAUCCCAUUGCAACUUUGGAUUUCAGUUCUUUGUAUCCCAGUAUUAUCAUGGCCCACAAUUUAUGUUACACUACGUUGUUAAAACAUGACAAGCAAAUUAAAUUGAAAAUUGAUUCGGAUGAUAUUACCGUAACCCCGACUGAUUCAAAAUUUGUCAAAGCUACUCUUAGAAAGGGAAUCCUUCCAGAAAUUCUAGAAAAUCUUUUGUUAGCUAGAAAAGCGGCAAAAACUGAACUGAAGAAUGAAACCGAUCCGUUAAAACAAAAAGUGUUGGAUGGUAGACAAUAUGCUUUGAAAGUAUCCGCCAAUUCUGUAUAUGGUUUCACUGGUGCACAAAUGGGAAAAUUACCCUGUUUGGACAUUUCUGCUAGUGUUACCUCAUACGGUCGUACUAUGAUAGAAAGAACAAAGCAUGAGGUGGAAGAGCAAUAUUGCACUUCCAAAGGGUAUAAAAAUGACGCGAUAGUUAUAUAUGGAGAUACUGAUUCUGUUAUGAUUAAGUUUGGUGUGAAAACAGUCGAAGAAGCCAUGGAACUUGGUCGAGUAGCAGCGGAAUACGUAUCCUCGAAAUUUUUGAAACCAAUAAAACUGGAAUUUGAAAAAGUAUAUUUCCCGUACCUGUUGAUUAACAAAAAACGAUACGCUGGCUUAUAUUUUACUCGUCCAGAUAAAUACGACAAAAUGGAUUGCAAAGGUUUGGAAACUGUACGAAGAGAUAAUUGUCCAUUAGUAGCAAACAUGAUGAAUACUUGUUUACAAAAAUUACUCAUCGAUAGAAAUCCCAAUGAUGCGCUGAAUUACGCUAAACAGAUUAUAAGCGAUCUUUUAUGCAAUCGUAUAGAUAUCUCUCAGUUGGUAAUUACGAAGGAAUUAACCAAAACCGACUACGCGGCCAAACAAGCGCACGUCGAAUUAGCAGCAAAAAUGAAAAAACGAGAUGCCGGAAAUGCUCCAAAACUUGGCGACAGGGUACCGUACGUUUUCACACGAGCAGCCAAAGGCACACCGGCUUAUCAGAAAGCUGAAGAUCCUAUUUUUGUCUUAGAAAACAAUAUUCCUAUAGAUACAAACUACUACUUGGAAAACCAGUUAGCCAAACCAUUAGUGCGGAUUUUUGAGCCUAUUCUUGGUGAAAAGGCUGAAUCGCUCUUACUGAAAGGAGAUCAUACACGCACAAAAUCCGUUGUUACAUCAAAAGUCAGUGCUUUAUCCGCAUUUACGCGCAAGAAGGAAAUAUGCUUAGGAUGCAAAGCCGUUCUAACACCGGAAAGAGAAAAGAUGGCAGUGUGUAAAUAUUGUGAACCAAAAGAAUCAGAAUUAUAUCAAACGGAGUUGUAUACUGGUAGAAAAUUGGAAGAAAAAUUCUGUAGAUUGUGGACAGAGUGUCAAAGAUGUCAGGGAAGUCUUCACCAGGAAGUGUUGUGUACAAACCGCGAUUGUCCAAUAUUUUAUAUGAGAAAGAAAGUUCAAAUGGAAUUAGAUACACAGAUGAAACGAAUUGAAAGAUUUGGAAUUCCAGCUUGGUGAAGUUAAAAUAGGUCGAGAAGCAUGAAAGUUGCAGAUGUCUUAAAAAUUUGGAACGUUCUGUUUUUAAGAGCAUCUAAUCCAAGCGCCUGAUGCACCUCUGCAACACUUAAACACCCUGCCAUAUCUUGUUUAUUUGCCAGGACCACUAAAAUGGCACCUUGCAAU